GGGGCUUGUAGUUUCAACCGGUGAAUUGAAGACGCAGACGAAAGCCUUAAACGUCACUUUAAAAGACUACAUAUACCGUGUUCAGUCAAACCAGAAGGACAAACAUGGCUGCCCCCUGUGUAGCAGUAAGUGAGCUGCUGCAUAACAUGAAACAAAUAUCUAUAUUAUAUCCGAAGACUUCACUUAUAAUCAGACGGAUAAGCACAACGAGCUCACGAUGCGACAGUCAACCACAGCUGAAAGCAAAAAGCUCCCCCCAGCAGCUGGUCGGAGUGGUGGGUUUAGAAAUCCAUGCCCAGAUUAACUCCAGCACCAAGCUGUUCUCUGGCUCUCCGGUUCGCUUCUCAGCUCCUCCAAACUCCCUUGUGUCGUUCUUUGACGCGUCCUUACCCGGCACGCUACCCGUCCUGAACAAGCGGUGCGUCGAGGCAGCAGUGAUGACAGGACUGGCUCUCAGCUGCACCAUCAACACAAAGUCCCUUUUUGACAGGAAACACUACUUUUACGCUGACCUCCCUGCCGGAUACCAGAUCACUCAGCAACGGCUGCCAAUUGCUGUGGAUGGCACGCUGACCUACGGCCUCCUCGGAGGAAAAAAGAGAGGCCAGAUGAUAAGAAAAAACGUGCAUAUCAAACAGAUUCAGCUGGAACAGGACAGCGGCAAGAGUCUCCACGAUGACGUCCGCAGCCAGACACUCGUAGACCUCAACAGAGCAGGUGUAGGUCUAAUGGAGCUGGUGAUGGAGCCAGACAUGAGCUGUGGGGAGGAGGCUGCUGCAGCUGUCAGUGAGCUUCAGCUCAUCCUGCAAGCCCUGGGCACCUGUCAAGGCAACAUGUCUGAGGGCCAGAUGCGAGUGGAUGCCAACGUGUCCGUGCACAGACCAGGUGAGCCUCUGGGCACCAGGACGGAAGUGAAGAACAUCAACAGCAUCCGAUACCUGGCCAAGGCUAUAGACUUCGAGAUUCAGAGACAGAUUGAGGUCCUGCGGCGAGGGGGGAAGGUGCAAAACGAGACCCGAGCGUAUGAUUCCAAAUCAGGGGAGACCAUUCCCAUGAGGGACAAAGAAGGUCUUCAGGACUACAGGUUUAUGCCAGAGCCCAACCUGCCCCCUCUGAUUGUGUAUGAGGAUAACGCAUCGCUGCCCCCUGGCAUUGACGCAUGCCAAGCGGUGGUGGUGCAGAAGAUAAAGGAAGGCCUGCCAGAGCUACCCAGUGUCAAAAGAGACAGGCUGGUGCAAAUGUACGGCAUCCUGCCCGAGCACAGCUUCACUCUGGUGAAUGAGGACGGGCUGGUGGAGUACUUUGAGGCGGUGCUGAAGGCGACCAAGAAGGAGCCCAGGAAAGUGAUCGGCUGGGUGACAAACGAGCUGCUGGGUCUCCUCAAAGUGCAAGACCUGAGCGUGAAGCAGAGUCCAAUCGCUCCUUCUGCCCUGGCUGAGCUGCUGGAUCUCCAAGAAACAGGACACAUCUCGUCUUCGGUUGCCAAGCAGGUGUUCCAGGAGAUGUGGAGGUCAUCGGGCAAGACGGCCCUGCAGAUCAUCCAGGAGCAGGACUUGGGGCUUGUUAGCGACGCUGCACAGCUGCACAGCAUCUGCCAGAAGGUGGUGGACUCGCAUCCUGAAGAGGUCUUCGCCAUCAGAAAUGGGAACAAGAAAGUUUUGAACAAGCUGAUGGGCCUGGUCCAGAAAGAGACCAAAGGCAGAGCUGACCCGGUCCUGGUGAGGGACAUUCUACAGGAGAAGACUUCAUGAGGGGGUGGAACCGAUCCACGAGACCCAACGUUUACACAUCUGUGUGAAAAUACUGAAUACAUGGCAGCCGUAGAAAACCAGAUUUACUGGUCACUCGAGCUUAAAAUGAAGCCUAUUCCCUGAGGCCGUCAUUUUGUAAAUACUGUACACUGUAUUCUCUGGACAUUAAGUUGUGUAUUUAUGCGUUUGAAAAGUAAUAAAGCCUUUCAGGUGAUGGUGA